UCCCAGGGUACAGUGGGUUAUUUCUGGCAUAGUUGGGAGCUGUGUUGCCGGCCACGCAUACCAUUAUAGUCAUUGGGCUCGAAGCAUUGGGGGUUAUGUCCUGCAGAUAGCGGCAAAGGGUUGGCAGAGGCUGUAUUCGGCGUGCAUUCGUAUGCUUCAUCGGCGUUAUCUAAACGUGCGUCCUCGGGUUUGAUCGGAAUCGACUGGAAACAAACGUUUAAGCGGCUGGGGGGUCUUGUAAAUCUCUGGGCUUGCAGUUGGAAAAAUGUUCACCCAUGUGAAGAAGCCAACCCUUAGCAAUAAGGGCGCUGGGUCGGAAGAUAUUUUUCCAAUCGAUUACUACGAAGACCUUCAAAAUGCUGCUUCCAUCGUGGAUAUUUUCAAGUCCUCGGCAAACGGCUCGCGCCCCGCCAGCGUCAUCCUGACGUCGGCUCCUUGGACCGCGGGGGUCGAAGCCCCCUUGACCCCUCCGACCUCGCCCGUGCCAUCGCCGCCCUCGGCGUCGGCGGAGGAGGCCCCGAUGCGCGGCUGCCUCGGCCCCUGCCGCCGCCGCCGCUGCCGCUGCACCGGCAGGCUGUGCGCACUGCUGGUGCUGCUGUCGUGCCUGGUGCUGGCCACAGCGGCUCUGUCAGCCGCCACCUUCUACUUGACAGAGCUGCACGCCGUGGAGGUGGCGAGCCUGAGGCAGCAGAUCGAGGCUCAGGGAGUCGUUCUGCAGCGGCUGCGAUCUCUGGCCGCACGCAAUGCGGGCUCCAAGGCCGCUCUCGUCUCUCCUGCCUCGGGCAUUCGCUCCGCGAGUGAAACGGGCAGGAGCAAGGGGCACGCGUCACUUGGCAAGGCCCAGCCCACACGGCCCUUAACUGCUGCUCGUUGAUGUGUACGCUGCUUGUCCUGGUGAGGGUCACGGCGGCAGCGUGUUGAGUAGUGGCGGUCCACACCUCCCUCUCCCUGGCGACAGACUCCAGCACUACUACACUAUACACUACUAUACACUAUACACUACUACACUAUAUACUACUACACUAUACACUACUACACUAUACACUACUAUACACUAUACACUACUACACUAUACACUACUACACUACUAUACACUAUAAACUACUACACUAUACACUGCUAUACACUACACACUACUGUACACUACUACACUAUACACGACACUACUACACUAUACAAUACUACACUAUAUACUAAUACACUAUACACUACUAUACAUUACUAUACACUGCACUACUAUACACUACGGCACUAUCCACUACUAUACAUUAUACACUAGUAUCCACUACACUACUAUACACUACUACACUAUACACUACUAUACACUACACACUACUAAACACUACACGACUACACUAUACACUACUGUACACUUCUACACUUCUAUACACUAUACACUACUACACUAUAGACUACUACACUAUACACUACACUAUACACUACACACCAGCAGCGUGUCCUGGGCCAGCCCCGGGGUCUUGGCCCAGUAGGACGAGCUGCUGCUGCUGCUACCAGGUAGAGUUCCAGGGGGAGGCUACCGGGGGGCAUCCUUACCGGGUGCCCGAACCACCUCAACUGGCUCCUCUCGAUCCGGAGGAGCAACGGCUCGACUCUGAAGCUCUCCCGGUCACGGAGAGCGAUCGCGUCAACCCUGCGGGCAGAAACCUCAUUUCGGCACUCUGCUACCCACGAUCUCAUCCUUUCGGUCAUUACCCAAAGCUCAUGGCCAUAGGUGAGGGUGGGAACGACCUGUAAUUGAUUGCAAUGUUAUUAUUUUUGUUUGUUUAUUUUGAAUGGUAUGUUGCUGUAGUGCUGUGCGAUGCUGUGAAUCGAGCGGGUGAGUUCAACGAGUCAUCACAAGGACUGGACCCCUCGCGCAUAAUGAUCAUGAAAAUGUAGAUUUGAAAAUGCGUGCGAUAGUGAUGAUUGACAGAAUAUCCCCUAUUUUGUUAUUGUACAGGGUGGUCCAAAUGUCUUAUGACCCCCAUUUCAUUCUCUAUAGCGUAUUUUGUUUUUGUAUACCAAUGGGUGUUAACAAAGAAAUGAAUAAGCAAAGGAAAUAAAUUUCAGGGGUCAAAAAAUUGGGGAUCAUGAGGCAUCCGGACCACCCUUUACAUUGCACCGUGACGUAAGUUGAUAUAAACACUUUGUUAAGGUAGCAACUGGCAUUGUGUAAGUGUGACGCGUGUUUGCGUUCAUGACAAAUUUAGUUUGUGUAUAUUUUUUAUAGACAAGUGAAAGUGGGGGCGGGCGGGAGCAGAGGAACAGUGGUUAACUGACUUGAGUUAUGACCUCCACUUUGCCGAGUUUUUAAAUCCUUUAUAUUAAGUUCGCUUGCUUGCUUGCUUACGACCGUGCAAAUCUUUCGGUCGUUUUUUAACCCACUUCCCGUGAUCCAAUCGAGCUGACAUUUUGCACACAGACUCGUUGUGCGAGACAAUUAAUGUUCGUGAAAAACAUUUUCCAAAAUUUUACACUGUGUAGGGAAAACAAAUUUAAUAUUUAAUUACCAAUUGCUUAAUACUGGCAGACAAUCAUUUGACCCAUAGGUGGCAGCCAUCUCAAGCCAGAGGACGAGAGGACUCUAGCCGCCACGCAUAUAAAGGAUUUAUAGUGAAAAACUUAGUUUUUACUGGUUAUACUUAUCCCUGACCCACGGCUACCAUCAGUGGCGCACAAUGAACUGGUCCUGGGGCCCACUUCAACAACGCACACCGAGCGAGGAGUGAACGGUGAUCAAACAGGCCCGAUAGCCAACACGACGACGUGGGGAGGCCUUCAUCCAGCAGUGGAUCGCGAGCGCCUGUAAACUAACUUUAAACUGUGUUAACGUUAUGAUCAUGCAAUUUCUAGAACGUACCAUUAUUUUUUUAGUUUUAUAGGGUUCCAUUCACAGGGGCUUAAUAUACAUUUUUUUAAUUUACUGCCCAUUGUAGAACCAGGCUAGCACCUCAUGAUAUUCAUUAUCUCGAUGAGAUUGGGUAAUUUGAAGUUUCAUCUUUAUAGGCCAAGUGUUCAUUUGUUCAAAACUUGCCAUUGAAAGUGGCUGUGAAUUAGUUCUGUGUUUCGCUGGUAUGAGUUUUCACAUUUGGUGCUGCAGUGAUGUCAGUCAAAUUGUUCGCGGAUGAAGGACCUUGAAUCUUAAUACAGGUUUGCUUGGAUUUGGUCGCGUAAAUAUGAAUGUGUCAUGUUAAACCCGCCACCAUCUGGCACAGCCAACGAGUAAGGUUUGUCACGUAAACAGAACGUGGCCAAUUCGUCACUAGUACAGCACUAGUGUGUAGUGUAUAGUGCAGUGUAUAGUGUAGUGUAUAGUGUAGUAUACUAGUACAGCACACCGGUGUGUUGGAGAGCCAAGCCACACCAUUUACAAUCUGAGUACGACGUUUCGCCAGUACUGUAAUUACAACUAACUUCAUCAGGCGAGAGCCAGAUUUGUGGAGAAGUCCUCCUGUUUCGUUCCUUAAAUAGAGGCGCAGAUGUGAUGACGUCACUUGUGAAGGAGGGGGGGGGGGGUAACGAAUGCAUCUAAAUUACAAUGGGUGGCCAUUGCCGGUUGUGUUAGUCACAUGGUAAUCAACGGGCGUGUGUCGGGUGGUGACGGGUUUAACAACACAUUUAUAUUUACGCGAUCUAACAAAAAAAACAUUACAGAUGAUAUUGGUCACCACUCUGCGGGAUUGCCUUGAGGAACGUUUAGAGGGAAGGAUUUUUUUUCAUUUUAAUAAAGUAAAUAAUCAGAGAAUGCAACUUCUUCCUUAAUCUGUCUCUCCACAUAAAACAACAUCAUUUUUUUUACAUAUCCCAAAUGGCCACACGGCCUUCUGAGGAUGAUUUAUUUUAAUUAUGAAGCCUGAAAUAGUAAAGUUGACAUUUGCAUUGCUCUAACUAUUUCAAUUGACGGUACGCACCCGGGGGCAUCAUAAUUCAACCUCCCCCAUCCCCACCUCCACCCCUCCCGCCUUGACAAUGCAAUAAACUUUCGAGAUUCAGGCUCACACAGUUGGACGAUUAAUUUUGGAAUUUGGCAAAAUGUUGUUCCCUGACUGCCCGGCACGUAGCGGCCUGCUCUUUGCGAAUGGCGUCAGGGGAUCUUCAAUGCCCACUGUCAAUCAGGUGGAACGUAGCUUGAUUAUGGCAACUGUAUUACGCACCCGCAGUGAAACAUUAACUAAACUAUUUUUUUCAUUUUAUUUUACCAGGUGAGGCCCACUGAGCUAUAUAGAUAAUUCUUCAAAAACGACCCGGCCACAAAUGAUAGCUCGGUGGUUUAUCACGUGGACAUGUAUCACGUGACUUUACCGAAAGACCCAAACAAUAUCAACGUUCGCGUGUUUCGACUGGGUUGGAGUCAGAGGUCGCAACCGGGUACCCGAUAUCCGUACCCUACCCGAUACCCGGCUACCCGUACCCGGCCGGGUAUGGGUACGGGUACCCAUUUGCGACCCUGGUGCGGCCGGGUACGGGUACGGGUAAGGAAUCAAAACCCAUUUGCAACUUCUGGUUGGAGUUGGUUACAUGCCCCGAGUAAGCGGUGGAGAACAUCGUUUUUCAAAACGUGCGUCCGGCGAUUUGUGGUGCACUAGGUGGCACUGUCCCUGUAGCGAUGCCGUGCAGGCGCGUGGAUGCGCCGAGGCUUCCGUCGGGAUACAAAAAAAAGAAGCCGCCAGUUUUCCAAAUAUAACGACGUUAAUAUUCAGAAUGCUGACCGCGCUUCGCCAAAUACAUAGCCGCAUUGUUAAACAAAAGUGCACGCGCCCUGAGACAGAGAGAGCGAGAGAAGCUUGAAUUACGUUGCACGGGGAGGGUCAGAGGUCAUUUGUAAAGCUGAUGGCUGCCUGGGAGAAAGCGUUUUACAACCAAUCCAUGAUGACACCGUAAUGAUAAUGAUCAACACUUGGGCGUAUGCCACGGACCCACUCAGUCCUGCUCCACGUUAUCUCCCUAAUUGGAGAAAAGGUGCAGAGAGCCGGAAAAGGGGUGACCAAGAGGCUCGUCACAGCCUUCAAUGGGCGCUCUUACACUCUCUCAUCACUGCCAACCGUGGCAUGUUUAGAUUUGAUUUUACCAAUGCCUGUGAUCCAGCAUCUCCGAUUAGCACGGUUGGCAACGUACGGUGUGAAAGAAGUUCAACGUACGUAUUACACACGCACACAUCCACGUAAUGAUAGUCCAAGGGACUGGACACGUUGAGUCCUGCCAGAGAAAUGUGGAAUUUACACGAUGGGGUUGAGGCCAGGAAUGAAGAUCAGCACCGUAAGACGUGGUUCAUUUUCACGGGAACCCACAUUACUCUUUACCCAUAAUGUUCCACGGCAAUGCACAACGAGUUUGUGUGCCGGAUUGGUUUGUUAUUGUGUUGGAGUGCUCUUGCCAACAACAUCUGGCAAAUAUUGCAGAAAUUGUUUAACAAGCCUGCCUGCUGAUGAGGCUGAGAAUGUUGAAGCCAAUCCAGUUUUCGGGAUUAAAGAAAAUGCUGCUUCAUAACGUUGGUCUGCAAACUCAGUGGGCCGAUCGACUAACAAAUAUGGUUUAUUUCUACGUGAAGGCACUGAACAUAGUUUUUUUUCUUAUAAAGUCUUCAGUAUAAACUUUUGUUAUAGCCGAAGACAUGUUCCGCAUUCGGGUUGCUACGUUUGUCACAGACCAAACUCGGACAUAUAUCGCUACGUGGGUCUAUCAGCUGCGUAGAGUACUGCGAUGAAGUUCAAUGCAACAAAACAACCAUAUCUCGAGGCAAACACAUUAUUGUCACCGGAAUACAAAUGCCAAUUCCCAGACUCUCCGGACCAAACACAGACGGAUGUCAACCCCAUUCUACUUGCACUGCUGGUCACGCACUCUGAAGCCGAUUUAGCUACUGAUGUAGAGUUGCUUUAAUUCUAUUACUGCAGCCCAUUAAAACAUUUGAUUUGGCUACACCUCAAAGUGUGAUUUCUCUCAUCAUCCGUUUUAUUUCAACGUCUACAAGC